AUGAUGCGUGAAAUGUUUGCGAUUCAAUUUCUGCAAUUAGCAAAGUACGCCGGCGAUGAGGAGCGGCCGCCGUGCCGGGAGGAAUGGCGUCGGCAGGAGUGGACGGGCACUAGAAGCCGCCUGCCCCAGGUGGACCGAAGCCCCUCCCGCCGCAGUCCGUACCUCGCGCGCGACGAUGAGCCCUCCCCGGCGCCCGAUGAACGCGGCCGGUCCGCCUCCGCCGGAGCACAUCACCGCGCUAGACCCAGACCCCUACGCUAUCAAUCCCUGGAACGCGAUUACGACCGAUCCUACGCACCACCACCCCCGCCUGAAGAUGAUUAUUACAGACGUGAACCACCCCUCUUCCUUGGAGAACUCCAGUCCCAGAACUCUGAUCUUCAACGGGAACUGGGGAACCUCAAAAAGGAAUUGGAACUGACGAAUCAGAAGCUGGGCUCCAGUAUGCACAGCAUAAAGACGUUCUGGAGCCCGGAGUUAAAGAAGGAGAGGGCGUUAAGAAAGGAAGAGAGCGCUAAGUACAGCCUUAUAAACGAUCAACUAAAAUUGCUCAACCAAGAAAAUCAGAAACAAGCAAUGUUAGUAAGGCAACUGGAGGAAGAAUUGCGCUUGCGCAUGCGCCAGCCCGCUCCUGAGCUUCAACAACAAUUAGAGGCACUGUACGCUGAAAAUGAACAUCUGCAGAGAGAAAUAGCUAUAUUGAGAGAUACAAUCAAGGAACUGGAACUACGGAUUGAGACCCAGAAACAAACACUACAAGCACGAGAUGAGAGCAUCAAAAAGUUAUUGGAAAUGUUACAAAAUAAGGGAAUGGGUAAAGAAGAAGAAAGGCAAAUGUUCCAGCAAAUGCAGGCAAUGGCACAAAAACAGGAGCUCAAGGCGACGGCGGACACGCUGCGGGCGCUGCAGGCGCAGUUGGAGCGCGCGCUGGCGGCUGCCGGGCUGCCGGGCGGCUCGGCCGGCGCCACGCUCACCGCCGUGCUCGAGACCAAGGAGGCGCGCAUCGCCACGCUGGAGCGGCAGGUCGUGCUACUCGAGAGCGAGCUGGCCGCCCUCGGCUCCCCGCCGCCGCCCUCGCUCGCGCCCUCCCACGCCUCGCUUUACGAUAAGGCCGAACCUCCCUUCAAGCGACAAGUAAGUUUUCUGCUGAACGACGUCCGCAUCACCAAGGACGGGCGAGUCGUCGCGCCCCCGCGGCCGCGAGCCGACUAUAGCGCCACCAUG